AUGCGGCUCACGCCGGCCGAGUGGGCCUUCAGCCUGGUCGAGCACACGGCCGGGUUUGGCCGCCCGAUCUACACAAACACGGUGUACCCCUUCCCGGUGGACCCUCCCAACGUGCCUGCCGAGGGGAACGCCGUCGGCACGCAGCCCCGCACUUACCAGACAAGCUUCUCCCUUCCGGGCGCCUGGGCGGGUCGGCGGACGCUGCUCCGGUUCGACGGCGUCGACGGCGACUCGAGCGGCGACGCGAGGCUCGGUGACGGCGCGGUGACGGUGUGGCUCAACGGGCGAGAGGUGGGCUACUCUCAGGACGGCAAGCUGCCCUUUGAGUUUGACGAAAUCCAAGACCAGAUGCUCCGCCACCAUCCCAGCGAGACGACACGGCCACGGGAUCCGUAUUCCAGCAGCAUUCUGCCGCCCUCCCGCCGCCAGCAAGGGAGUGUGCGACCGCCCGAGACGCACCGAGUGCUCCCACUGCAGGUCACCGACGCGUGCGCCGCCGGCGAGGCGGGCCGGCACACGCUAUCGGUCCAGGUGGUCCGCUUCUCGGACGCGUCCUACCUCGAGGACCAGGACCAGUGGUGGCUGAGCGGAAUCCACCGCGACGUGGUCGUCUACUCGAAGCCGCGCGCCGCCGCCAUCGCCGACUUUUACGCGACGACCUCGCUGGCGUGCCGGCGGUACGAGAUUGCAGCGUCUCUGCACGGUCCGUACCGGCUCGCGCCCGACGCGCCUCCGCCGGGGUGCGGGUGCGUGUGGCGCGGCGCGGCGGAGGUGUCGCUGCGCGCGGACUUGGAGGGCGCGGCGCUGUGGAGCGCCGAGAGGCCGUUUCUGUACACGCUCGUCCUCGAGCUGAGGGACGGGGGCAGCGGGCCCUGGAAGCAGAAUACGCGUUCAGGGCUGGCGCAUUCCGCAUCUGUAGACUCGCCGCUGACCCUGCGCGGCGUCAACCGGCACGACCACUCCGCCGAGGGCGGCAAGGCGGUGGAGUGGGGUGAGAUGCUCUCCGACGCCCUGACGAUGAAGCGGCACAACUUUAACGCGGUGCGCACCGCGCACUACCCCAACGCCACGGCCUGGUACGAGCUGUGCGACGCGGUCGGGCUGUGGGUGGCAAACAUCGAGACGCACGGCUUCCUCGCGAGCGGCGACGAGGGCAUCCUCGCCAAGACGCCCUCGUGGCGGCUCGCCUUCCUCGCGCGGUUCGCGCGCAUGGUGCAGCGCGACAAGAACCACCCGUGCGUCAUCGUCUGGUCGCUCGGCAACGAGGCGGGCUACGGCGAGGCGCACGAGCUGAUGGCGGCGUGGGCGAGGAGGGAGGAGCCGUCGCGGCUGCUGCAGUACGAGAGCUGCGGCGGCCUCGCGCCCACGGACAUCCUCUGCCCGAUGUACCCCACGGUGGAGCAGUACCGCCGUAUGGACACCCUGCCCGGCCAGCUCGGCUCCUCGUCGGUCAACGGGAACGGCUCGCCCACGCGCACGUGGCCCGCGCGCGCCGACGGGUUCGCGGCGUCGCGGCCGCUCAUCCCUUGCGAGUUUGCGCACGCGAUGGGCAACUCGACGGGCAACUUCGCCGAGUGGUGGGAGGAGUUCCGCCGCGCGUCGCACGGGCAGGGCGGCUUCGUGUGGGACUGGAUCGACCAGGGGCUUGCGCGGGUCGACGUGCGGAGCGGCCGCACGUACUACGCGUACGGAGGCGACUUUGGAGAGGCGACGCACGACGGAGACUUCAACAUCAACGGGCUGUGCUUCCCCGACCGGAGGCCGCACCCCGCGCUCGAGGAAGUCAAGCACGUGCAGCGGCCGAACCGGUACGAUUUCGUGCUUCUGGGAGGGGUGCGGGUGCGGCACCGGCUCGAGGUCGACGGAGCGCUGGUGGGAGAGACGGCGCCGGCGCCGCUGCCCGCGCCGGUGCCUCCGCACUGCAGCGCCAUCUUUGACGCCGCGGUCGAGCUGAGCUGGGAGCACCGCAGCGGCCCGGCUGCCGCCUCGCGUCGCAACCCGAUGCUGCCUCGCGAGGCCUUCCUCUCUGUCGAGGUGAGCGUGGCCGCUCCCUCCGCCUGGGCGCCCGCCGGCUUUGUCAUCGCCACGGAGCAACCGCUGCUCCUCGACGGUUCGGGCGAGCUCAACGUGUGGCGCGCGCCGACCGACAACGACCAAGGGUCGACGCUGCGCACCAUCGCCCUCCCGCACGCGGCCACGCUCGCCGCCAGCGUCUGGCGGCUGAUCGAUUCGGGCUCCGUCUCGUACGCCGACGCGUGGGAGGCCGACGGGCUGCCUCGCCUCUCUGCGGCCAGGCGGCGCACCCGCAUUACCCUCGCCGACAGCGAGCGGGUAGAGGUGAGGACGAGCACAGAUUGGAGGGCGCCCGGCGGUGCGACGCGCGCGAGGCACCGACGCACCGCGACCGUCCUCCGCUGCGGCGCGCUCCUCCUCGAGGACGAGGCGGAGGUGCUCCCCGCCGCCAGCCGCUCGCUGCCACGCGUGGGCCUCUCCUUCCGCGUGGCUGCGGCCGCCGCGCAGCACGCGACGUGGCACGCGACGUGGUAUGGGCGUGGCCCGUUUGAAAACUACCCGGACCGCUGCUCCGCCGCUAAGGUCGGCGUGCACGCGGCGUCGGCCGACGAGCUAGCAACGCCGUAUGUGUACCCGAGCGAGCACGGGCACCGCACCGGCACGCGUUGGGUCGAGGUGGGCGGCGGCGGCGACGGGGAGGGGGAGGGCGGCGGAGGGAGUCGACCGGGCGGGCGAGGGAGGCUGCGGCUGAGCUGCGAUGCGCCGUUUGGGUUCGGCCUCCUCCGCCACGGCGCCGCGCGCCUUGCCGCAGCGACGCACCAGGCCAAGCUGGGGGCCGUGCGUGCGCGAGGCCUUCACUGUACCGCCCGGCGUCUACCGGUGGGCGACCUUGAUCGAGCCGCCCGGCUGCCGGGCGGAGCUCUCGGCGCCGAUGCUCCGCCGCCUUGCAGCCUGCGGGCCGCGCUACGAGCCGCCCCGUCGCGCCUCCGCGCGGCGGAUCGCGCUGCCCGCCGCCGUGCUCCGGGCCGACGGCGACGCGAAGCUGCUGAAGCGAUGCGGGCCCUUCCUUUUUUGA